AACAUUCUCCUGCCUCACUAUUCACCCCCCCCCCCUCUAGUGAAAGGCACUUAUUCUAACAUUAUCUUUUUCCAAGACUGACCAUUUCCUUUGUUUCCAGUGGAAUUACAAGAUUCAGGAGAAGAGAUGGACGGCGAUCUCCUGCUCAGUCGCUUCACUGCAGGGAGGAAGAGGAAGAGAGAGACGAAGGGCCAGGGCAAACGCUCUUCGUCCCACCACGGGGAGAGUCCUUCCCGAGAGCCAGCUGUAAUUGUGGUGGAGGACCAGGAUGAUGCUACCCUGGAAACGGGUACCAUGACGGGCCAUUCCCCUCCUCACUCUUUGAGGCCGGGUGGCGACCUCGCUGGGUCGUCACAAGGCGUUGCCUCGGAGCGACCUCCUUCGCCUCCCGCGGUGACCUACGAGGUGGCGACCGGGGGUCGCUCGACGAGGCUUUGCAUUCCUCCUCUGCCCCAAAGCUUAGGGGACGUGCAACUGGAGACCCUGAUCACCCUGCCCGCAGAGGACCAAGCCCGCAUCUCGGCUGGUUCUGAGGACGACCUUGAUAACAUGGUCCUCUUGAGGCUAAGCCAAGUACUUGCGCUGAUUCUCUCUGCACUCCUUUUUUUUUACGUUCUUAACCCCCAUGCCUUGGUGCAGGCCACGCUGGGGAUGAUCGAGGUGGUUGGUAAGAGACGGGGUCACCAAGCUGCCUUGGGCGAUGCGUUGAAGACAUCGGAGGCCAGGCAGAAGGAAUUGCAGGAGGAGGUCGCCCGACUCACAAGAGAGCUGGGGGAGACGGAAAAUCGCUGCGCGGCGCUUGCUGCGGAGAAAACUUCCCAGGAGAACUGCUGCGUUGCCCUUGAGGCAGACAUGGCCUCCUUGUCCUUGGAGGUAGAAUCUGUUUCUGCUCGCGUGGUCGAGCUGGAGGGGGAGAAGUCUGAUCUGAUCCAGCAGUUGAAAGUGGAGAGGAGCGACCGGGUCCGCCAUGCAGAGGAAGCGGUAGAAUCCUUCAAGUCUUCUCCUGACUUCACGAUGGUCGCGAUGGAGCGGAUGGAAGAGCUGACAGCCGCUUGGCUCAAAACUGAACCUGGGGCUCAAUGGAUGGUCAAGGAGGGAACCAAGUCCUUCAAUUGUGGACUCUUCCGCGCCCAGCAGGUCUUCCGCGACAGACUGGCUCAGCUCCCCAAAGGAUUUUCUCUCCCCGACCUCGGCUUUCCCCCUCCUUGCCGUUCCUUGGCAGAGUUCGACCCCAGCCCUUACUUGGACGGAGGGAGCUCAAGCGCGUCUGAAGAAGAGGAAGAAGAAGAAGAGGAAGGUGGACAGGGCGACCAGAAUCCAGGGGCCAGCUUAGCCAUGUCCAAAGCGGGUGGACAUUCCGGCUCGGCCGUCUAAAUUCCCCUGUUGUUCCCCCACAGCUCUACAAACACUUGCCUCUCUUUUUUCCUUCGGAAUGAUUUGUCGUUUUGAUACAAUGCUCCUAUGUUGUUUGAUUUUCUGGAUUCACCAUGUGCUUUCUUUUUUCGGCGCUUUACUUCAGCACUCUCUUUUUUAAUUUAGCUGGUUAACAUGUAUGUUUUAGUUUGGGCCCAACUCCUAGUCCCGACCCGCUUACCUGUCCAGGCC